CAGGCAUUUGUAUGUGCAACGAAGAAAAUAUAUUAAAGUUCUUUUGGCAAAUGGAGUUAAGCCACACCUAGAUCCUGUCCUAUUUUCACAAAAAAGCACAAGCUUUUCUUCAGCUGCGUUUAUAUGUGUGUGUGCCGGUGCUGUUAGUACCCGGCUGUGUAACUUGAUAGGGGGCAUCGAGAGGGAUAAGGGAAUGUUGAGUUGCAAUGGAGCAGAGUACGAUACAGUGGUUAGGCUCCCCCAGCUGCCUCCGAGGCUCCUUUGCCUUUUAUAAGUCGGUGUGUUGCAAACAGGAGUCCGGGGCUCCGCCUCAGGUCUGGAAACUCGGAGAGUUUUAUUUUCUGCGCUGUGGCCCUCAGGAGCCUGUGUGUAUAGCAGAGGUCACACUGCUGUGGGAGGAUCAGACACAGCGCCACCUGCUGGCCAGCUCGAGACUCUAAUUCUUACCUGAAGACACACCGAAGGGCAGAGCGGCGGGACAUGGAGAGGAUGAAGUCCUGGCUGUGUCGAAAAAGAUUGUGGUGAGAGUAGAGGAUCUGGUGAAGUGGACCUGUCGGGAACCUCCACAGUGGAAGCGCAGCAGUCAAAAAAUUCACGGGCCUCACAAAUCUGAUGGGUCACAAGAUUCUUCUAAUCCCCAGGAAGAGAAAACGGAGAGCACCGAAGAGUCUACAGACGUACAGCAGAAGGUUAAAGUUCUCAGCUACCCCCAGUAUUGCCGUUUUCGAUCAUUGCAGAGACGAGUCCCAGAUCAGGCUGCUUGCCCCGGUCAACAGAACCCUCACCUGCUGGCUCUGGGGGGGAUAAAGGUGACCGUGCACAACACACGGGUCCUUUACUGUCGGGACACUUUCAACCACCCUACUCUAGACAGCAGCGCCUGCAUACUGACACAGUUCGGAUGCUCCUCUCUCAGCUUGAAGGGGCGACCUCGUAAAAGAAGGGGCAGAGAUGGCACAGGGCUCGACCAACAAAACCAGAACCAUUUAUCAGAGUCAUGGAUGGAAAGGAUGAAGGAGAAUGUGACGGGCAGUGUAGAGAUGCAAUGGGAUGGAAAUUGGCUUCCACACCCCGAGGAGCAGCUCUUCCUGGAUCAGCUGUAUCUUUUUAUGGAGCGCCGGGGCUCCCCCAUCAGCAAAGUUCCCAACCUGGGCUUCAAAAAAAUUGAUCUCUUCCUCAUGUAUUCAGUUGUGAAAAAGAUGGGAGGCUACGAAAGGGUGACAUCUCAGCGUUUGUGGAAGGUAGUGUACAAUGAACUGGGGGGAAGCCCGGGAAGCACCAGCGCUGCCACCUGCACCAGGAGGCAUUAUGAAAAGCUGAUGCUCCCUUAUGAACUGCACAUAAGGGGAGACAAUUCAAAACUUGGCAAGCUCAGAGCUACAUCUGUCUCACCCACCACCAUCAAAAAGACAGAGGUGGGCAAAGGAGUGUCGAACAGUCCGAAGAAUGUCCAGGCAUCUCCACCAGAUGGCGUUGUGGUACGUAAAAGAGGAAGACCACCCGGUAAACGCAACGCUAAAGUUCUGGCUAAGGGCAGAGUUGGAAGACCACCCUUGCAUCCCAAACCUCCUCCUGAAAAACCCCAGCAGGAGAUCAAGCCACAGCCUAUUUUCCAAGAACUCAAGCUUACCAGCCAUCCUCUUGCCCCACGACUGUCCCUCGUGUCCUCUACACACGUAUCUCACCAACCCAUACCGGGACGAGAUGUGAAGAUUGUGGAGACCGUUCCCACAUUCCUUUCAGGUCCUGUAAAGUUGUUGGCGGGCGGUUCCUUGGAAGGAUUCAGUCCCACUAAAGGCCUUUGUCCGCUGGACCUCUUCCGAGCCCGUCUGGGCCUUAACGGACUCGGUGGUGUUGAGGGAACUCCUCGAGAUUCCUCCACGCCCCACCAGACCAUAACGGUUCAUCAACCUAAAGUCAGUAUGCCCGAGACCCCCGAGAGUCUCCAACAGUGUUCAGGGUGUAGUCUGGAUACCCCGUCCCAAAACGCAGGACUCGCGAUGACUAAAGUCCCCCUGCCCCCCUUGAGGAUCCUCCCGCUGGACAUCGGGUGCAGUCUGCAGUUGCGACAGCUGAUGCGUACCCGUCUCGGUUCGGCGCACAUGAACACCUUCACCAAACGUCUUUCAGAGGUUCUGGCUCAAGACCUUAGCCAGACUUCCCAACCCAAUUCUAGUGUGCCACAGGAGCAGUCGCUCCCGCUCAACCUCAGCAAGAGAUCCAUUACGAAAAGGUCUGCUGGAGAUGACCUCACAGAUUCCAAAGCAAGCGAUGUACAGUCUCCAACCAAGAGGAUGAAGACGGAAGACGUUGAUGUGUCUCUGAAAUGGAACGGCACAUCUUUGUUGGUUCCGUUGACUCAAGAUGAGCCGGCGGACCUCAGCUCUCCAAGCCGAGCCCGAGCUAUACUUCACGAUAGGACAAGUGUGACUCCAACCCGCUCCGAAGCCGCCUCUUUCCCCUUAACUCCCAAAUCGGACAUCUCCGCUGUCAAGCCCCCCACUAUUGUUGCUUCCCCAGAUGCUCGACGUUGCGUUUACCAAGCGGACGACAAAUGCGGCGGAAUUACGGUGACCAUUAAGAAUGAUCCCGAAGGAUCUCCAGAACUAGGACCUCAACCCAUCAGUGACCUCUUUUCACAGCGUAUACCUACUGAUGAUAUCAAAGUGGAGUCGGACGCGGUUUCCUGUCUCAAGAUACUCUCGAGUUCACUCCUUUCCAAGCCUCCGCAAAGCUGUUAGCUUGCAGGCGGGACCACAUCACCGUGUCACUCCUUUCUUCCCUUCCCGUGAUCCUUCAACACAUUUGCGUUGCGUCUGAUCAAAGAGAUUGCUCUACAGAUGUGUCAUUAUCUGUUUUUAAAACACUACUUUGAACUCAUGCAGGUGGCCACGGUUCAACCAAAGAUAAGGUGCCUUGAUGACUCCAUUAUAGUGUGUUUAAGAAACCUAUGCGGUGGCCAGCCAAUAAAGACGUUUAACAUGAAUCAUGGAGGUUUUGAUUUCUUUGAAACUACAGAUGUUAUUUAUGUACUUGACGAAUGUAGAAUUGGAGGUUACAGUUGAAUCGGAUACAAAUAUCAUAUUUUUCUAGCCUUAAUGUUGUUGAUUCGGUAAGCUACUGUAUUUUUCUCAAGCGUCAAUGUUUCUUUUUUAAUUCCGUGAGAAAUCCAGUGUCAUGUGGGUGUUGGUCGUUCUUGCAGUUGUUAUUUAUCUAUCCAUCACUUCUUAAGAUGUUUCCGAUCAUUCUUGGGAUUUAUUUGAAUUUGACUUUAGUCGUUUCAGUUGUGUGUGUUUGUUAAACUAUUUAAAAGCGCAAAAUUACUUGUGUGUCAGAUCCUCUUCAUUUUAAAACAAUGUACUGUACUGUUUGCGAACUUAGGGUCCUCUUGCAAAUUUGCUUUGGUAAUUUUUAAUUAUCUCUCUUAUUUUACAUGUGUAUUUUAUUAACAUAUAUUGUAGUUACAUUUUGUGUUUCUGAUGAACCAUGGAAUGGUUUACAACAGACUUUAAUAAUAACGUGUUUAUAAAGAGACACAUGUUAUGAAAAUGAGUAACUUAAUUUGCUUUCACUCCUUUAAGACUGACCUCUCACAAUGCAAUAUAUUUCACAGGUUUACAUGUCGUUUUUAAUAAAUUACAAUCAAUUUGCCAUACAACUGUAA